AUGCCACCCUCACACAUCCCCAGCACAUCGCGCGCCCUCUACCGCGUCUUCAUCGCCCCUACGCUCCGUAGCACAACCUCCAUUCCGCUCAUCUAUGCGCCAGCUUUCGCACCACCAAUCUCUACGCCCACGGCCAUCGCCGCCUCUACGCCUAGCCUCACAUCUCGAACAUGUAUUCGCACCGUCAAGUACACAAAAGACACGCGCCGCCAUGCCAUCUCUGACCACUUCGUCAUCGACUCCGCCAUCAACUCCGAGUACAUCAACCUCGUCAACGAAAAGGGCGAAUUCACCCCUGGUGUCCCGCUCGUCGAGGCCCUGACAAGCUACAAUAGAGUAACGUACCACCUGGUUGAAGUCAAUCCAGGAAAAGUGGACGAGUUCGAUCGUCCAGAUCCUGAUCACCCACCUACAUGCCGUAUCAUGACCAAGAUUGAGCUUCGAGAGCAACACCAGCGCAAGCUCGAGCUCAUUCGCAAGCAGGAAAAAGGCGAUUCUGCCAAAACGCUUGAAAUCAACUGGGCUAUUGCAAAGGGUGACUUGGGGCACCGGCUGGAGCGAGUGAGAAAGUUUCUUAAGCAGGGGAGGAAAGUUGAGGUUACGCUCAAGGCAGAGGGGAGGAAGGGGUCCGUUAAGAAGGCUACUCCUGAGGAGGCGGAAGCGGUUCUUCAGGCUGUCAGGGAUGUUGUAGCCGAGUGCAAGGGCGCUUCGGAAAUGAAGAGUGAGGGGACUGUUGGGGGUCUCAUGUUGCUGGUUUUGAAGGGGAAGAAGAUCGAAGGUGAGGACAAGAAGAGUAAGAAGAACAGGUAUGAAGAGACAGACGAGGUGGAAAAUACGGGAGGGGCCGAGCAAAAAGUGGCGUGA